AUGUCUCGUGCGCAACACACCUGGUACCACUCUCGCAUUUCUGAUGAAACAGAGAGCUUGAAAGCAUUUAAUCAAAUCCAGAAACACGUUUACGAUUUAGAGAAGGGGCGGUCCAUCAUAUUUGAGCUGUAUAGCCUCUCGGAAGUCCGGCAUUUCUUGCUCAUUGGAUAUCAUCACAUCAUUUUGGAUGGGCUCAGUUUACAGAUCAUCCUCCGGGAAGUCGCCGAGAUCUACAAUGGAAAUUUGCCCUCCGAUCCGAAGGCUCAAUACUCCCAGCUUGCGGUUCAAGAACAGAAGCUUCAGACUGAUGAUAUCGCUUUCUGGAAAUCAGAACUGUCCAAUCCCCCAGAGACACUCCCUCUGUUUCCAUUCUCCAAACGGACCGUAUGUAUAUCGAAGGACGAAGCCAAAGCUUUUCGGAAAGCAUGCAUGAAUCUCGGCGCGACAGGACUGCACUUCCAUCUGGCAAUCCUCCAAAUUCUCCUCAUGUGCCUCUCUGAGACCAAUGACACAGGGCUGAGACUAGUCAAUGCCUAUGGACCUUCAGAGGCAACUGUGGCAUGCUGUAUGGGGGAUGUGGAUUACCACGAUCCGGAUCUGCGGGACGCCAACGCGAUGAUACUAGUAGGACCUGCCUUGCCAAAUUACGAGGUUGUAGUUGUGAGUAGGAACUUGGAGCCGUUGCCUCUCGGGCGGGCGGGCGAGCUGCGCAUCGCUGGUUCAGGAGUCAGACCAGGAUAUCUGGAUAUGGAAGAUGAAACGACAUACCGCUUUCCAAUGACACAAGGUCUUUGGAGAGAUCACGACUCUGCCAUGAGCUCACAGCUGGUCUUUCGUACUGGGGACAAAGCUCGAAUGGACGAGAACGGCAAUGUGGCGAUAUUGGGCCGUCUGGAUGAAGGCUCGCAGGUAAAAAUUCGAGGACAGCGUGUCGAGCUCAACGAAAUUUCAAACGCGAUCAUUCAAAGCUCGCUGGGUACUGUAGAAAGGUGUGUUGUUGUUCUGAGAAAGGACGAAGAUCAGAUUCUCGUUGCGUUUGUCGUGCUAGCGAGUGGUGCCACAAAUAUCGACGCAGCCGCACUACAGGAAAUUUUAGCUUCCGUGCCCUUGCCAACCUACAUGCGACUGACUCUCCUUUUACAACUCGAUUGGAUUCCCAUAACCUCAAGCGGGAAAGCAGAUCUUCGGAAGCUGCAGGCCUACAAACUACCUGAAAGCACCACCGGACCGAGACGAGAAGCCCUGAGUUCAACCGAGCAGGCUGUCAAACUGAUAUGGGAGGACACAAUCGGGAGAACCAGCCGGGCGAUAUCACUCACUCGAUCUUCGGACUUCUUCCUCUCCGGUGGCGAUUCAAUCCGACUGCUCAAGGUUUUGGAGAUACUUAGGCGAGACAUGAAUCCCGCACUCACAUUGCGCGAGCUCAUAGAGAACUCGACUGUGGGGGGGAUGAGUGCUCUUUUUGACAGCCCAGACACAAAUCGCCAAAGCGAGAUCGAUUGGGAGGCCGAAACUUCCCUUCCAGAGUUGAGCACUGCCAUCAGCCCUUCCCAUGGCCCACUAAUCACGAAGAGUGAAGGGCUGACUGUGCUCUUGACCGGCGCGACCGGCUUCCCCGGACGUUCUCUUCUCGAUAAGAUCCUGCAGAGCCCCCAAAUUUCUGCAGUUCAUUGCGUCGCUGUCCGUGCAACGCACAAGCUGAAUGAUCUAGAAGAUCACCCCAAAAUGCACACCCAUCGCGGGGCUCUAGUCGCCCCUCUCCUCGGUCUAUCCUCGAACGAGUUCACGCAGCUGAGCGAAACCGUCGACGUCAUCAUUCACAACGGCGCAACCGUUUCCUUUCACCAGUCCUACCGCUCCCUCGCUCCUGCGAACGUAAUACUCGAGAACGCAAACGUUGCACUUGGCAUCCCGAUCGAUAUCUACCGCCCCACCAGCAUCACUGGCCCCGGCGCUCCAAGUCUCGAUGUGAUGGAGAAUGUAUACCGCUACUCCAAGCAGAUGCACCUAGCCCCUAAAUUCGAGAAUUUGGACGGCUGGUUUGAUUUCGUUGCCGUAGGAUACGUCGCGGAACGGGUAAUGGAGCGUGUCCUCGCGCCUUCCACCGAGGGCCUUCGAUUCAAGCAUUUGUGUGGCACGCAGAAGAUAACGGUCAGAGGGCUCAAGGAUUUCAUCGCCAAAGAAGAGGGAACGACGAUCGAGGAAGUCGGAAUGGUCGUGUGGGUUGAGAAUGCGCGACGGAAUGGCAUGGAUGAAGCGUUGUCGGAGUGGUUGAUACAAGAUUUACGAAGGAGUGAAAAGCAGUUGCUUCCCUGGAUUAAAAAUGGGACUCUUGGAGGAAGGGAAAGAUAGUUCUUGUGGCAGCACGGAGGAUGCGUUGUUUAGCGCUUUGAGACGAAACGCGCAAUUGCUCAACAAAGAUGUUCUGCUAACCAGAGCUGUCUAUAGUGCUUGUCCG